AUGCCGUUCCCAACAGUGCCGGACGACAAGACCAGGGUGACACCGGCUCCCAUUCGUCCCAAAUCCGUCGGCAACAACCCUACUACGCCUGCCAUGGUCGCCACUCUCCGCCAGCUCACACAUAUCACCCCAGAGACGGUCAAGCCCGCCGUCGCCAAGCUCAGCGCGAUCGAAGAGUCGAAGCGCCUCGCAGCCUACACCGCCGUCGACAAGCAUGUCUUGCCCGAACACAAAUACAUCGGUAUCGGGUCAGGAUCAACCGUUCCGUACGUCGUCGAACGUAUCGUCGCGCAAGGUCCGGACGUGAACAGGGAUCGCGUUUUCAUCCCUACUGGCUUUCAAUCAAAGGAGCUCAUCGUCAAAGCGCAUCUGCAACUUGGCGAUGUCGACCAGUACCCAUCUCUCGACGUGACGAUUGACGGCGCAGACGAAGUUGACUCAGAUCUGAACUGUAUCAAGGGCGGAGGAGCCUGCCACUUGCGCGAGAAGGUCCUUGCAGAAGCCGCCAUGACAUGGAUCAUCGUCGCCGACUACCGCAAGAACUCGCAAGUCCUUGGAACAAACUACAAGAAAGGUGUACCAGUAGAAGUCGCGCCGUUCGCUUACGCGAAGUUGCUGGACAACUUGCACCAGCUCGGCUCACCAACAGCCGCACUACGCAUGGCAUCGCAGAAGGCUGGACCCAUUGUCACUGAUAACGGCAACUUCGUCAUCGACGCACCGUUCUCUGAGGAGCAGUUGAGGAACCCGCUCAUGCUGUUGACGCGCAUCAAGAUGUUGACCGGCGUCGUGGAAGUCGGACUCUUCUGCCAUAUGGCGAAGGCGGCGUACUUCGGAAACGAGGAUGGCAGCGUCAGUAUUAGGUGGAACGAUGGCAAGGUCGACAGCAUCGCGCCAACACUCCCUCCCUCGUCCGCUCCAUCCGACAUCGCCCAGAAGAAGCUCAACGGCUUAAUUCACCAUGCCAACGGUAUCGCAGCGGCGGCAUGA